AAAAGAGUGGCUAUUCUGUUGAAUCGAGGGUUCCCGAUUGGGUUAUCAUCACAUUCCUAUCUAUUGACGUGUGUCUGUUGUUGUGCGUCUGUUCGUUAGCGCAAUGUUGUUUAUCGCCAGAACGGGAAAUGUAGAAUGAUUAACGAGUAUUUACUACUAUCGAAUCAAAAGCGGGCAACGGAGGAGCAAUGGCGGGUAAAGCUAUACGUAGGGGCAGUGUGAAACUCAUGCCACUGAGUGCUGGUAAUGGGGAUCUAAACCUUCUCAUCUCACAGUUGAGAAUUACACGCCAAACUUCAAAAAACCUCAUAGCUGCACAAGACUGUAUGGUCAGUGACUUGGUGAAAUGGGUUACAGCCGAGAAGAGUGACGCUAUGCACGAUGUUGCAACUCAUCUCAUCACGUUGAAUAGUCUUUGGACUGACGUGCAAAACUCCUUUACUGAACAGCUGAAGGAAUUCAGGUGCCAAUUUGAAGCCAUACUCGAUGGAGAGAAACAAGUGAGCAUCGCAAAGGGUUACAUCACAAGCUGCGAGAAACGUGAGGGUGUCAUCCAGAAGGACAUGAAAAAAAUAUCAAAAAAAGCUGUGGUAGAUGACAUGCGCAAUUUGCAGUAUAAACUGACACAGACAUCAAGGGCAAAGGAACUCGCUAAAAUUGAUUACAAGGAGAAAGUCAUAGAGACCGAAUCUUUGAAACUCAUCCGGUUCCGACAGGGUUUACUCAAAUUGUCUGAUGCAUUUGUUGAACUUGGUCAGAAGUGUACAGUGAUAUUUGGUGCACAGCGGGAUGUGUGCCUUCAGAUACCCGACAUCAACCUAUCCAAUACUGAUCUAAUGAGCUAUGAAGGCUACAUUGCUACAAAAGCAUCUGUGUUGCGUGCCCAGCAGCUGGUGAUGCAGUAUCGACCAGAGCGACAUGCAGAUCCGACCGAAUCCAACAGUCACGACAGCCUUCCUCUGGUCAGCCCACCGCCGCCGUAUAAUACAGAGUACUCACUCAGUGAACCUUUGACUCAUUCAUUGAACUCCGCACCUCCCCAUCUGGAUUCCAGCAAUAGCUCAGCAACAAGCAGCCAGACUAACGGAGCCGUUGGCCACCGACAUCCAUCGCGAGACACCAUCGGACGGCAGCAUCGGCACCGGUAUGGGACACGAAGCAGGCGGCAGGAGCUGCCCUAUUAUUUACAGAAUACCUGCGAUCAUCCUGUCUACUGUACUAGUAACUGUAACACCAAUAAUGCACGCUGGGAUGAUGAUGAUGGCUGGGGAAGUGACUUCGACGAUGAAGUCUGUACUGCUAUGGGUGGUACACAGAUUAAAUAAAGAACGUGUGACUGGUGUAAAGAAAGGUAGUAGCUAGGUUGCAUUAGUUUGACUACCAUGUUUACAUAUCAAUUAUGUUUGUAUUUAUUCUAAGAAAGUAUAUAUGAUGUAAUAAUGUGUAUGUGUCUCUUUGUUGUUAAUUGUCUGCUGGUCAUUCUAAUAUCUUAGUUUUCGUUAGGUUUUGUCAUAUAUGUUGUCAAGCCAAUGCACUGUAUUUAUUUGUUGGAUAUAAAUUUUAAAUGCAUAUGUGUAGUCACUUUGUGUUAUUCAAACUAUAUUAUCAUAGUAUCAGCAGGGAAUAGAUGCAUUAGUUUUUAUUAUUCACUCCUGAUAGGAUCUUAUCUGCCUCAUAGGAUCUUAUCCCUUGUCUACUUUAGACAAACGUAACGCAUGUAUUGAAUCUAAAGCCAAGAGAUUUUGGUUUAUAAUUCCUAUUGUGUUAUCUCUGUUUUUUUGCCAUUUUUGUUGUAGAUAAACAUAUCGAAUGAAUAAAUAUCUAUUCUUUACAUUAUAUA